AAAAAGCAGUGCCAGUGAUUUUAAGUUUGUGUCUCUGUUAUGGUCCGCCUCAUAAGUCUCCUGCCUGCAGUGCAUGGACCAUGUUUGCUGCAAUGGGGCUUAUCAGGAGAAUGCUGGACCAGUGGAUAAUCCUGGCUGCUUUUAUGGUUUUAAUCCCAACUGCUCAAUGUUCAAAUGACGCCUCAUUUGUGCUCAUCAACAAAGCCACUGGUUUAUGUCUGGCUAGGAGGUCCAACCGGUGUGUGGAGGUGCGCUGGACAACCGGGAACCGACUUUUUGUGACCUCCACCAAAAAGUGUCUUGGGGCCCAGGGCAAAACUCUGGGCAGCGAAGUCAGUCUUUAUGACUGUGAUGAUCAGAGUGAGCUACAAAAAUGGGAAUGUCGAAAUAAUACUCUUCUACAACUGAAAGGCCAGAAUCUGUAUGUGGAGUUACGAACGGACGAAAGCAUAGUUCUGUCCCGAAAUUUGGGGCCCAAUAACCACCUCACCAUAGUAGGGAGCAACAGUGGAGCCUGCACCAGGACUUACAGAGAGCUGUACACUAUUGGGGGGAAUGCACGUGGGAAGCCCUGCAUGUUCCCCUUCAUGUACAAAGACCGCUGGUAUGGGGAAUGCACCACUUACGACUCGUCCAUCAAGAGGUCAUGGUGCGCCAUUGAAACAAAAUUUGAACAUGAACUGUGGGGCUACUGUCCAUCCACAUCUAAUGAGUACUGGGUCAAGAACUCUGCGACAGGGGCAUAUUACCAGCUAAACAUUCAGUCUGCAUUGACCUGGUCCCAAGCUCAAGUCAGCUGCAAACAACAGGGCGCCUCUUUGCUCAGCAUCACAGAUCCCAACGAGCAGGCCUUUGUUUCAGUUCUUCUUGGGUCCGGGGGAUUCAGGAUCUGGAUUGGUCUAGUCCUGGAUCCUGAUCACGGCUGGCAGUGGACCAAUGGACAGCCCUUCAGAUACCUCCGAUGGACACCUGGAAAUCCGCAGCAAAACCCCGGACACAACUGUGCGAUCAUGGACUCUUCUGGGCAGCAGACCUGGGAGAGUUCAACCUGUGGAAAACAACUGGGCUACAUCUGCUCCAAGAGCGGGGCACCACCUCCAAUAUUUACAAUUGAACAGGGGUUUUGUGCUAGUCCCUGGAUUCCCUACAGCGGUCACUGCUUCCACCUUCACCGUGAAGCCAAGACCUGGUCAGACGCUGUGAAAGAUUGCCGUAAGGAGGGCGGAGAUCUGAUCAGCAUUCGACAUGUGGAGGACCAGAGCUUUGUCAUCUCCCAGCUUGGAUACGCUGCGACAGAUGAGCUGUGGAUCGGCCUGAACGACCAGAGGACUGAGGGUCUGUUUGAGUGGAUCGACCAGUCCCCAGUGCUCUUCAGCACCUGGCAGUACGGAGAGCCCUCUGUGUCCGGAGACUUGGAAGACUGUGUUCUCAUGACUGGAGAGAAAGGAAACUGGGCGGAUCGUAGCUGUGAAGAAAAGCAUGGUUUUAUUUGUAUGAAGCAGAGCAGCCAUGAACCGACAGGGGAAGAGGUCACUCUGGACGUGGGCUGCAAACCUAACUGGAAGAGACAUGGCUCAUACUGCUACUUUGUGGGAACAGAGACCAAAACAUUUGAUGAGGCUAAUAAUGACUGCAAGAGGACAGACUCGUACCUGGCUGAUGUUUCCAACGGAGUGGACAAUGCAUUCCUUGUGAGUUUGGUGGGGAUACGGCCUGAGAAAUAUUUCUGGAUUGGUCUCUCCAAUAUGGUCGACAUUGAUCGCUUUGCUUGGACCAAUACAGACCAAGUUAGAUUCACUCACUGGAAUGCCAACAUGCCAGGAUACGAGCAGGGUUGUGUCGCGAUAACCACAGGGGUUAUGGCUGGACUCUGGGACCUGCUGCCCUGCACUAACAAAGAAAAGUACAUCUGUAAACAUCAGGCAGAGGGUGCUGUAGUCACCCAGCCCCCACCCACUGUGUCCCCUCCCAAAUGCCCAGAUGGCUGGAACAAGAUCUCAUCCAGAAACUACUGUUCUAAGUUUUUCACAGGGCCUAGAGCGAAUGAGAAGACCUGGUUUGAGGCCCGAGAAUACUGCAGAGACAUUGGAGGAGACCUCCUCAGUAUUCACAGCAGGGACGAGCUACGAGUGGCCCGUCAUGGAAAAGCGUGGAUUGGUCUCUACGUCCCGGAUGCAAACACUGGAUACGCCUGGAGCGACGGGAGCCCGGUAAACUUCCAGCACUGGCAGGAGGGGGAGCCAAAUAACUUCAAUAAUGCAGAGGCGUGCGCAGAGUUUACGAUUUACAACUGGGACGAGCGCGGUUCCUGGAAUGAUGUAAACUGUGAAGCCUACAGCGAUUGGCUCUGUCAAAUCCGUGCAGGGGUCACUCCAAGAGCACCUCGAAAUGACACAGUGACUGAAUUUAACACAACAGCGGAUGGUUGGCUGGAGUGGAAAGGGAAUCAGUAUUACAUAAACAAAGUGUCAUUGUCCAUGGAGGAGGCUCGGAAAUUUUGUCAGCAAAAGCACGGAGACCUGGUCACAAUCACCAACCGAGCCGAGAAUACCUUCAUAUGGAAACAGAUUUCCAGACACUAUGGACGUUAUUAUAUUGGGCUUUCAGUAGAUCUUGAUGGUUCAUUUUGGUGGAUGAGUAACACUCCAGUGGAGUUUCUAAGUUGGGACCAAAAUCAACCAAAAGAUAAUGUUGAUCAAAACUGUGUCAUUAUGACUUAUUAUAUGGGUUUCUGGAGUAACUGUAAUUGUGGAGAGGAGGUAAAAUCAAUUUGCAAACGAAGCUCGUCUGCUCCAGUCAACACAACUGUGGCCCCAACAACGCCUCCUACUGGCGGCUGUCCACUCAAAUGGAUGCAGUUCAACUCAAAGUGUUACAGCAUCAUAAACAACAGGAAAACCACUUGGGAAGAUGCAAGAAAACAGUGUAUUACUAUGGGAGGAAAUUUGGUCUCUAUACCAUCAAGAUAUGUCCAAGUUUUCCUGACUACCAGAAUGGCUGAAGCCACAUCCACUGAUCUUUGGAUUGGUUUGAACAGUGUAAAACAAGAUGAAUAUUACUGGACUGAUGGAAAACCAAGGAAAUAUACCAACUGGGCCUUCGCGCAAAAUAAACGCAGACCAGGAAGCUUUUAUCAAAGAUGGAAUGAGGAGGACUGUGUUGUUCUUAACAGCAGUCCACCGGGCUUCGGGAAAUGGCUGAUAAAGUCCUGCAAUGACACCAAUGGAUUUGUUUGUGUUAGAGAGCUUGAUAAAAACACCCCAUCACAGCCGAGCCCGAUUCUUCCAAAUGCAUAUCUAACUUUGGCAAACGACAGCCUUAAAGUGGUAACACAAAACCUGAGCUGGGCCGAUGCUAAAGUCAACUGUGAGAAAGACCAGGCUAAACUGGCCAGUCUGCGUAAUGAGUGGACCCAAUCCUUCGUAGAGCUGAUGGCCAGGACCCUCAAUGCACCUCUGUGGAUUGGACUCAACAAACAGCAGACAAAUGGGUUUUACCGAUUCAUUGACGGCUGGUACAUGAACUUUGCAAAUUGGGCAAGUGGCGAGCCUCGUCAGGAUAAACCUUGUGUUUACAUGGAUGUGGACGGAAAGUGGAAGACGGCCUUCUGCAAUACAACCAUGAACAGUGUGUGUCUGCAGUCCACAGACGUGGCCCCAACCCAGUCCACAGAGUACCCAGGGGCCUGUCCUGAGGAAACAGAGGUGGACUAUAGGCAAAGUUACACCUGGAUCCCUUACAAAGCCCACUGUUACCUGUUUGUGACCGAGGAGGUGGAGUGGGGGGAUGCCGCCAGUAGCUGUGCCAGACACGGUGGGAGGUUGGCGAGUAUUGAAGAUCCAUCAGAGCAGGAAUUUAUUGAAGGAAAUGUGAAAUUAUAUAAAGACGCGCACACCUCCUUCUGGGUUGGGCUCUUCAAAAGUCACAAAGGGACGUGGCAGUGGCUGGACAACACAGUGAUGGACUACACAAACUGGGGUGAAGAGGAGCCUCGCGCUGACUAUGGGGAGAUGCGGUCGAGUGAUGGAAAAUGGAGCACAGGGAGAAGAUGGCAUGACCGCGCAUAUGUCUGUGAAACUCAUAAAGUGAUACCCAGAGUGCAAGGAAAAGAAGAGCCAUUGGGCCCUCAGCAGCACCUGAGUCGGACCCAUAACAGCCUGGCUGUCGUCUUGGUGAUCGUGGUCAUCUCUGCUUUAGUCGCAGCUGUCAUUUUCUACUACAAGAGGUCGCCAAAAUCCUUCUCCACAUUUGAAAACCCACUGUACACUGAACGCUCCCAGCCUGACGUGGUGGACACCAAAAACCUCAUAGAGAAAGUGGAGACUGAAGAAGAAAUUGAAAACACUGCAGAAAAUAAUGCAGAGCCCAUUAUAAGUCUGUGAUAAAACU